CUUGAAAAGCGCCAUCUCUGCGGAGGAGGGGGACUUUGGUUACGUUCUCUUCUCGUUCAAGAGAAGGGUGUUUAACGCAAUCGUGGGAGAAUGCACAGGUGUUAAAGGCAGGUGAGGUACGUCGAAGAGGCGUCUCUCUCUGCGCGGCUCUCGCUACCACCGUACGCUCAAAAGGGCAGUAUCGUAGCUUCAAUUCAAUUCGUAUUCGAAUCGCUGUCGUAGUAAUCGCGUUUAGGGGGUGAAUACCCGCCCCAAUAGCUAACACCAGCCAACGAAGACUGUGCAGUGUGUGCAAAGCUAACGGUGGAAUUUAUUAGAACUUGCGCAGCGUAGAAUCUAGCACGUAUAGUGACAACUACGGAAAAGCUUGCCAGGAAAAUAUUGUGUUUACUUAUACAGGUACAUCGUGUAACAACCCACAAAAUCUGGGAAAUUCUUGAGGCAUCAUUUAUCAGGUCUUCAAAAUGGCUUCAAUAGCUGUUUCAGCUGACUCUCGGCGUUGUUGGGCAGUGGCGGUAUCAAUGGCAAUUUACAUAUUUUUUGCCAUGGCUGUACUGAAAUCAUCCGCAGUUGUUUACGUUGGUUCGAUGGAAAUGCUCGCGGGCCUCAGCCGUGAGCAGGCAUCAUGGCCGGCAACACUUGCCCUUAUGCUUUCUCAGCUAGCCGGUCCUGUAUAUAGCGUCCUACUGAAGAUUGCGAGCGAAAGAACCUGUCUCGUUCUUGGUGCAGCUUUGUGUUCAGCGCCCCUCAUUGGUGCUGCCUAUAUCCAUGACAUACUCUCGUUAUGCGUCCUUGUUGGAUUUGUGCAUGGUUUGGGAUGUGCCUGUAGCGAAGUGAUUCCAUUUGUCGUUCUUAUGCGACAUUUCCAACGUUAUCGUGGCACCGUUAUUUCGGCGAUGUACAUAAUCACUGCUGUAUCCGGAUUCCUUAUGCCUGUCCUGUAUGAAUAUGUUCGCCAAGAGUGGGGCUUCCGAAUCUGUCUUCUUGUGAUGGGUAGUUUAAACGUUGGAAUGUUGUGUGGGUGCAUCGUGGUUAGUCGGAUGCCCCUAGUCGCACCUGUGGAUGGCAGUUCUCAAUCUCCCUCCUCGAACACACUUGCUACUUCGUCUGCGCCAAAACUGCUCAGUGACGUGAGCCUGAGCACCGACAGCUAUCUUGUCGGCAGCAUCCUGAUUAACAAAAGCCAGCAGAACAGUCGCACAGGCUCGUUCGUCGACGUCGACUCGCUCCGAGAGAAAACCCCUCUCGUGCAACAGCAGCAGCGAAUGCGGCGAGGUUUAUUACGACCAUUUAAUCAUCACGCGUCAUGUUCCUUUGCGACGAUCCCCUCGAGUAAACCUGGAGUGAUGUCCUUCACUUUUCUGCACAUUACUAUCUCCAGAGCGGCAACGAUUUUUGCUCUAGCAGUCUUUCUGCUGAUCCUCUUGGAUUAUUCGGCAGACCGGCACCUUGAGCCUGUUCAAGGCGUUUUCCUUCUGACCGUGUUUACCAUUGGUGACCUCCUGUCGCGAAUCCUUUCCGGUUCACUUGUAGAUCUACAAAUCGUGUCACCAAGUCUACUAAUGUCUGCGACAUUUCUGAUACAAGGACUGGCCUACUUCAUGCUUGUCUAUGUCGACUUGUACGGGGCUCUCUUAAUCGCCUCAUUUUUAGUAGGCCUGACCGGCGGCUGCCGGAAUAUUUUAGCAACCGUCAUGGUAACGGAGGAAUGUGAAGAUGCUUCUCUAGCUCUAAGCCUCGGCCUAAUGAAUUUUGUUACCGGAGUUGCAAUUGUUGUUCAGCCGGCACUUAUCGGUUACGUACGUGAUACCCUGGGCACAUACGAACCCCUUUUGCUAGGCUUUGGGAUUGUCAACUGUUCGCUGUCGUCUACAUGGCUGCUUACCGUCGUCUGCAAUUGUCGGCGAAAACGUCUUAGUGAAUUCGUUUAGACUGGCAACUUUCUACUAGCAUAUAA